AUGGCUGCCAGAGGCUUCGUAUCAUACUGGAUUCUUCCAGUCAUCUCCAGCCUCGUAUGGCUUGGUAUGCUGCUAGGCCUCCUCCUCUACUGGGUCGUCGAUACCAAUAGCGAACACUACUCGUACAUGGACGACGACGACUCCAUAGCCUUCAUUUCCGACAUUGGCGCCAGCAAACUCAAGCCGCUCUUCAUCGCGGGAUCGGCCGUCACAACCGUCUUCCUCAAUCUGUCGUUUGGCGCUGAGCGCCUACUGCGUCACAAUGGGCGACUAGUCCCCAACACGACUGUCAAGGAAAAGGUUCUCUCCGUAAUCAGCAUCAUUUUUGCCAUUGUCGGCAUGGCUGGCUUGAUCCUCUUGUCCAUUUUCGACACGCACCACCAUCACAAACUACAUGACAUCUUCCUCUUUCUCUUUAUUGCUGGAUACAUCAUUUCCGCCAUCUUCAUCUGCUGGGAAUACCAACAACUAGGCCUUUACAACCGCCAGCACCGCAUCCUCCGCAUCUCCUUCUGGGUGAAACUCACCUUCGUCAUCGUCGAGUUCAUCCUCGCCAUCAUCUUCGUCUCUACCAACUGGAGCGACAACCAAAACGUCGCCGCCGUCUUCGAAUGGAUCAUCGCCUUCAUCUUUACAUUCUACAUCCUCUCUUUUAUCAUCGAUCUCUUACCCGCCGUCCACACAAAGGCUCCCGCCUCACGAUUUAGCAAGGCUCUCGAGCACGAGAUGGAGUCAGCAGAAAGCCAAGAUGGCAACAGCGGCCACAUGGGCUCUUAUCGCAACGACUACGGUCGAAACACGAAUCGAUAUGACUUUCGAUGA